AUGCGGAUGAUGAUGAUGUUAAAACCUCCGCUUUUGCGGUGGAAGCACUGGCGCACAGUGGUUGUAGCAACUGGCGGCCUCACUGGUUUGGCAGCCUCAAUCGCUUUGAAGCAGGCUUGGGAUUUGCGAACUCAAUGGAAGUGCUUGCGGAUGAGAGCCGCUGCUUGCCUUGGGCCAAUGGAAGGGCUCGAAGGCCCGAGAUGGUUGCCCGGAAGGCAUGCUGAGAGUUCCUCAAGCAGGAUGCAUGAUCAUCGACCAAUCUUGCUGCUCUUUCUCGGAGAUUCUUUGGUGAGCGGUGUCGGCGCACAGGCGCAUGGUGCCCCGGUGCCGGCAGCUUUGCCGAGGAAUGUUGCGGUUCAUUUAGCAGAUAGAAUUGGUGAGAUUCGAUGGGCAGCUGUGGGUAUCACUGGUGCUGAUGUGGAGAAGCUGACAGCUGUCGGGUUGCCAAGGCUCAGAGAGAAAGUUGAGGAGGUGAAGGAAUACACUGAAAGACUCGAGCCCGCGCAGCGGGGUGCUUUUGCCACAACAGUGAAGGCGUGCAACGACCAAGUCGCUCCAGAGGUGAUCGUCGUGUUGGUGGCUGGUGUCAACGACUUCCGACGCCUCAGGCUCGGAUACCGACUGCGGCUGCGUCGACUUGUGAAGGACCUGGGAAACCUUGCUGGUGAAGUGCGGGCCGUGUUCCUCCCAGCCGUUGAGAUGGCAGAUGCUCCAAUGCUCCAGCGCUAUCCCCUGAAACUGUUCUUACUGCCCCUGUGCAGAUUGUGGGAACGUGAGAAGCGAAAGGCUGUUGGUUGGUGCGACAAUGCUCAGGUCUUGCCAUUUCCUUUGCCACCACCUGGGGUGCGGAGGGAGGCCUUCUUUUCCGCUGAUUUGAUGCACCCCAACGAAGAGGGCUAUGACUGGUGGGCCCGCAGCCUGGCAGAUCAGAUCCACCAGCAGCUGAGCCAAGGCAGCGGGGAUGCGAGCCAGUGA